ACACCCAUUCCCUUGAUCAUUGAUGCACUACAGUACAGUUCUCUCUCUCUGGAACUAGAAUAAAUGGCUUUACACUCACCUUUGCCCCACUCUUUCUUGAUUUUAUAUUCCCAUUCUUUUCCUUCUUCCCUUUCUUAGAAUCUCAGCUCUGAGUUUUUCCCAUUGUUCUAUAGUAGAGCUUUGAGUAAUGGGGUUAAUGAAGAAUCAAUGUAUGAAGUUAGGUUUGUUGCUGUUCCUAGCAGUUUCUGCUGUUUUUGCUGAUGAAGAUGCCUUCAUUGGUGUGAACAUAGGAACAGACCUGUCUGACAUGCCACACCCAACUCAAGUUGUUGAGCUUCUUAAAACCCAGCAAAUUCGCCAUGUCCGUUUGUACAAUGCAGAUCGAGGCAUGCUUCUGGCCUUGGCCAACACGGGCAUCCAAGUUUCAGUGUCCAUCCCGAACGAACAGCUUCUGGGCGUUGGACAAUCGAAUUCCACUGCAGCGAAUUGGGUAUCCCAAAACGUUGUGGCGCAUUAUCCAGCCACCAAUAUCUCUACCAUUUGUGUUGGCUCUGACGUUCUCACUUCCCUCUCGAAUGCUGCCCCGGUUCUUGUCAAUGCCCUUAAGUUCAUCCACUCGGCGCUAGUGGCAUCCAACCUUGGUAGGCAGAUCAAAGUGUCAACGCCUCUUGCUUCCUCGAUCAUCCUCGACUCCUUCCCCCCAUCCCAAGCUUUCUUUAACCACUCAUUGAAGCCAGUCUUGGUUCCUAUGCUCAAUUUCUUGCAAUCUACUGGUUCUUAUUUCAUGCUCAACGUCUAUCCUUAUUACGAGUACAUGCAAUCGAAUGGUGUUAUUCCAUUAGAUUACGCUCUUUUCAAGCCCCUUCCUUCGAACAAAGAAGCUGUCGAUUCCAACACCCUUCUCCAUUAUACCAACGUAUUUGAUGCCAUUGUUGAUGCAGCAUACUUUGCCCUGGCUGAUCUUAAUUUCACUAACGUUCCUGUUCUGGUAACUGAGUCGGGCUGGCCAUCAACGGGGGACUCGAACGAGCCUGAUGCCACUUUAGACAAUGCCAACACGUAUAACAGCAAUUUGAUAAAGCAUGUCCUAAACAAAACGGGGACUCCAAAGCAUCCUGGUAUUGGUGUCAGUACUUACAUAUAUGAGCUGUAUAAUGAAGACACGAAAGCUGGUUCUCUAUCGGAGAAGAACUGGGGGUUAUUUAAUGCGAAUGGCACGCCUGCUUAUAUCCUAAGGUUGACUGGGUCGGGAUCUAUGUUAGCAAACGAUACUACGAACCAGACUUACUGUUCUGCUAAAGACGGUGCAGAUCAUAAAAUGCUGCAGGCUGCUUUGGAUUGGGCUUGUGGACCGGGCAAAGUGGAUUGUUCACCGUUGUUGCAAGGACAACCGUGCUAUGAACCGGACUCCGUGGCUGCACAUGCAACGUAUGCUUUUGACACUUAUUAUCAGACGAUGGGGAAGGCCCCCGAGGCUUGCAACUUCAAUGGAGUGGCUGCUGUCACUACGACUAAUCCAAGUCACGGUUUGUGUCUAUUUGGAAGUGGUGACAGAAAUGGUACGUUUCUGAACGGCACAGCUUCAGCCAUGGAGUCUAAUAGCACAUCAGUCUCCUCGUCGCCACAUCUACACUAUACUUUCUCCAUGCCACAUAUUAUGCUCGGAAUUGUGGGGUUGAGUGCUAUUCUUUUCUAGCCUGUUUGGUAUUCAAGAACCACCCUUUCUUGGAAAACGAGGAGCUUAGGGAGGAGGAAGGCGAUUUGAUCCUUCAGAAGUAGCUAGUAUAGGGUAGAGCGGGUCUUUUUGUACAGAACCAAUUGGAACCACCUACCCUUAGUUUCUUAGGAAAUCUUGUAAGGUUGUGACUGUACUCUAAUUGGACCGAUUUUUUAACUAAUUUUUUUCAUCCCCUUGGUUUCAUUCA